GUAAACCUGCAGCUGCACGCAUGCGAGACAGAAGAUUCCAGGCAGGCUCGUUUCUCCGGAGAAACUUGAAGGCAGCACAGAUAAUGAUGUGUUGAGGGUUAGAAAGGACGGUGACAACAAAAAUGGACGUCGACCGAAAAUAGCCUGGCUGUCAGUGUCAGAUAUCUGACUGGCACUUAAUAACUGGCCUGAGGGGAGAAAGACAAGAGUGUCCAAAGUUCAGAGGCAUGGAGGUCCGCUUUGGCAACAUUGAAUUCAGCUCCAAGUUUGACUCUGGGAACCUGGCACGAGUGGAGAAGGUAGAGAAGGGCAACACGAGCCCUCCCUCUGAUGCACCCUCUGUUGGAAGCUCCCUCUCAGGGCCAAACCUCACCCCUGACUAUGAAUUCAACAUGUGGACCCAGCCCGACUGUGCUGGCACAGAAUAUGAGAAUGGAAACAGAUCGUGGUUUUACUUCAGCGUGCGGGGUGCCAUGCCAGGGAAACUGCUGAAGAUUAAUGUAAUGAACAUGAACAAUCAGCGGAAGCUGUAUAGCCAGGGUAUGGCUCCUCUCGUACGAACCUUACCUGGCAAAAACCGCUGGGAAAGAAUCCGGGACAGACCUACAACUGAGAUUGUAAACAACCAGUUCAUUCUGUCUUUCACUCACCGGCUACUGGAUGUGCGAGGAGCAACCACCUACUUCUCCUUCUGCUACCCAUUCUCUUACACUGAGUGCCAGGAGAUGCUGCAGCAGUUGGAUGAGAGCUACCCCAAAGCUGCUCAGCUUAGCCCGAGCAGUGCACCAGGCACUGUGUAUUAUCAUAGGGAAUUGCUGUGCAACUCUCUAGAUGGCAAUAGGGUGGACCUCCUCACUGUGACCAACUGCAGCGGCAUGCAGGAGGAGAGAGAGGCCCGACUACCCAAGCUGUUUCCUGACACCAACACUCCCAGACCACAUCGUUUCCCGGACAAGAGGGUGUUUUUCCUCAGCAGCCGUGUGCACCCUGGAGAAACGCCGUCCUCAUUUGUGUUUAACGGUUUCCUCAACUUCAUUCUUAGACGAGAUGACCCACGCGCAAACAUGCUGCGCAGCAUGUUCGUGUUCAAGCUCAUUCCCAUGCUUAACCCAGAUGGGGUUGUCAGAGGACACUACAGAACUGAUUCCAGAGGGGUGAACCUUAACAGGCAGUACCUGAACCCCAGCCCUGAACUCCAUCCUUCCAUCUAUGCUGCCAAAACAUUAUUGCUUUACCACCACACACACAACCGCUUACACAACACAAAACUCAGCACACACAGCAACAGCACCCUCCAGACACAGCCCACUCCGUUAAACAACAAGGCAACAAAUCAGCAUCAGUCUCCUCCCCUUACGCCCCUCGAAAUCAGCUUGAACCAGCGAAAUGCAGAGAAAGAUGGAAGUUCUGCACAGACAGAGGUUCCUAUGGUGAUGGAGGAAAACAGCUGGACCACUACAGAGUUGGGGAAAGGAGACCAGAACUGCUCUUCAGAUUCCUCAGAGAAGGUAGUUUCUGAAACUGAAGAUAGAGUUGAUGCAGAGGUAGAGGAAAGUGAAUCAGUGCCGCCCCAGGAAGGAGGCGUGGCAUAUUAUGUGGACUUACACGGCCAUGCCUCUAAACGCGGAUGUUUCAUGUAUGGAAAUAACCUUCCUGAUGAGAGCCAGCAGGUGGAGAACAUGCUCUAUCCAAGGCUGAUUGCUGUGAAUUCUGCCCACUUUGAUUUCCUGGGCUGCAACUUCUCUGAAAAAAAUAUGUAUGCGCGUGACAAGAGGGAUGGGCAGUCUAAAGAAGGCAGCGGCCGGGUUGCCAUUCACAAGGCGAUAGGGCUGCUUCACAGUUAUACUUUGGAGUGCAAUUAUAACACAGGGAAAACCAUGAACACUAUCCCACCUGCCUGCCACGACAACGGACGGGCAACCCCACCUCCACACUCAUUGUUUCCUCCGAAGUACACUCCAGAGAUAUUUGAGCAGGUGGGACGUGCUGUGGCUGUCUCUGCCCUGGAUAUGGCAGAGUGUAAUCCAUGGCCACGUCUUGUGCUGUCUGAGCACACCUGCCUAAUCAAUCUCAGAGCCUGGAUCCUCAAGCACGUCCGUAAUACCAAAGGUCUGAAUAUGCAUAUCCAUGCGCUCCCAAAAGUACAUAAAAAUGGCAGUAAGGUGUCACCACCAAAAAGUUUUAACAACAGCUUUCUGUCUGGAUCAGCAUCAGAAAACACGAUUGGCCGUGUUCGCUGCAACAGCCAGAGCAGCAGCAGCCAGACUCCCUCUCCACAAAUACACAGCUCUCCGAGCUUUACCUUUGGCUGCCCCCCUCCUCGAACUCAUGCACAGCACAACAGCACACACACCAGUGGACGUGGAGCCAGCAGAACACUUGGGCCUGUUAGGGACACUAAGCCUCAGGAGAAGAGAUGCCCCUCCCACAACCGUUCUGUUCUUCGAUCUCCCAGCAACAGCCACAAACCCUGCCGUCCCCCUCCGUCACCCCCUUCCUCAUCCUCCUCCUCUUCCUCAGUGUGUGCAGCAGGUUCUUGUCCCCUACCGGCUCCAGUGAAUAUAACAGGCAUCAGCUGCCCAGAUUAUAAGGUUGAAGGAGCCAGUGUAGCUGGCUGGUCCAGAACCUCUUACCCCACGCAUGCUGGCCGUGUAGGCCGAGGCUGUCGAGGUCUUGCAGUCAGUCAUCACCCAGCAGAGACCUGUAGACAGACGUCUAAAGACAUGGGGUCUGAACAUAUCCUGUCAUCUAUCAAAUUCAGCAAGUCCGAGCUGCAGCCGCACAUGAGCCGUAUCCCCGUUCGCAGAGCAGGGUCAUCUGACGCUCCUCUCCCACACAUUAAAGCAUCCUCCACCUUGUCUGGAGACAAGGAGGUGUCCUCCACCAUGAAGGUCUUGAAGCUGCUCAGGCCUGGGCUCCAUAGACAUCAGGCCAUAUCAGGUUUAUCAAGGACAGAAGGAGCCAUACAGCUGGCCUCUAGAACGCUGCUGGGGAAGAACACAGACAAGAGUCCAAACUACAGAACCGAAGCUAUCACAGAGGCAACAGCAGAGAUGGAUGGAACUGCAGAACAGGCUGAGGGAAGACAAGCUAUGCCGGUGCCAGAGGCCAUGAACACGUGUGAGACAGUGACCCUGUAUGGAGAAGCCUAGAAACUGCACCGAGGUCCAGAAGCUUGCAAUUAAAGUACAGAAUAGUUUUUUUUUGCCAACUGUGAGCCUACAUUCCUUUUUCAAAAUAUUUACCAACAUUUCAAGUAAGAGGAGAAACUGUCUCUUCUGGAGUGUUUAAUGUGCAAUACAAACUAGUAACCUUUUCAGUAGCCGAGCAGCAUUAACAGGUGUGCAUUACAAUCACUGAGCAACUGAGGAUUAAGUGCCUUUCCUCGUGUCACAACAGGAGCUGGAGUAGCGUGGCAUAAAUGUUGCCUCUUCCGCUUUUCAAGCUGAUGCAGAAUAACCCUAAAAUAUCCUUUUAACAUUUUAGCUCCAAUCACUGUCUUUAACACCUUGUUAUUUUAGUCCUUGCUGUCUUUCCAGCAGAGUUAAAGAUACUCUUAUCAUUAUGCACAGCUGUGUCAUUUAAUUCACCUAUCUAACUUGUAUUACUAAGGAUUUUUUUUUUUUUCAAACCUGAGCACAACAGCACCUUUUUAUAAUUUAAUUCUAUCAUUGUUAUAAAAUGGACUGUAUUGAAUAUUUUGUGCUUUUUGUGGUGUUUAUAAAAUAAUAUUUCCCUCUA